AUGACAACCGUCGCAGCACCUCAGGGUGUUGCAACCCAACUCUCUGUUCACGGACUUGUAGGAAUCACUUGGGCCGGUGCUGCCUUGGGCAUCAUUUUCACCUCUAUCCGAGUGGCCAUCCGUCUAAGUUUGAUGAAACGAUUGAUGAUUGACGACUACUUUGUUCUCCUGGCAUUGUUCUUUCUCAUUGUCAAUGCCAUUCUUCAGACUCUCCAGGCACCACACCUAUACUACAUGAUUCUUGAUGUGACCGGCCCUGACAUCGUCUACCACGGGACACACUACACAUAUUACGAAUUCGCUAUAAUUGGUGUUUUCUGGUCAGUGUUGUGGAGUAUAAAGGGGUCAUUCCUCGCACUAUUCUGGAUGAUAUCCGAUGGGCUCCCUCGGUAUCGAGCAUUUUGGUGGGGGACUACAGUCUUCGCUGUGCUGGCAUACAUUGGUUGCUGGUUUGCAUCGGUGUUUACAUGUCACCCAGCAACGGACUACUUCAAAUUCGGAGCGUGUACAAAACCCAUCGAUCAAAAGGGAUCGGUUAUCUCGAUAUGUUACAGCACCUCAGUUGAUAUCAUCACAGAUCUAUUAAUUAUGUCGCUACCGCUCCGUCUGCUCUGGAAAGCGAGAAUCAAUACUCAGCAAAAGAUUGGGCUCGUCGUCGUCUUUUUACUUAGCUUCAUCGUCAUCGCUGCCGCGAUCGUCAGAGCAGUUGAGAUCACAGGAAAGGCAUAUUCGGACCAAGCAGCCCUCGCAGUAUGGGGAAUUGCGGAAUCAAGCAUCUCUAUGAUAGUUGGCUGUCUCCCUCCCUUCAAGUCUCUUAUAUCAAGCAAGUCCACCGCGAGUCAAUACGCGUACGGGUCUUCCAACUUCAAUGCAAACUCUUAUGAUCGAAGCGCAUCAACACGCGCAAAGAAGAAAACCGCUACCGCUAGUUGGAGUGAGGUUGCUCUGCCGCUCCAAGACCGUCGGGCAUAUCAGAAUCUGGAGAAUGACAUAUAUGAGCGGAACGUCCAUAUCAGUGGCGGCCAGAAUAUGGGUGCCUCACAACCAAAGAAUACUCGAGGGCCUGGAUCGGAUGACGAGUUGAGCGGUGAUAUCAAUAUGGUGAAAGAAUUUAGCGUAGUCUCGAAUCCGAGAUAG